AUGGUCGGGAGAGUUCAGCCUGAUCGGAAACAGUUGCCGCUGGUCCUACUGAGAUUGCUCUGCCUUCUUCCCACAGGACUGCCCGUUCGCAGCGUGGAUUUUAACCGAGGCACGGACAAUAUCACAGUGAGGCAGGGGGACACGGCCAUCCUCAGAUGUGUUGUAGAAGACAAGAACUCGAAGGUGGCAUGGUUGAACCGUUCUGGCAUCAUUUUUGCUGGACAUGACAAGUGGUCUCUGGAUCCCCGAGUUGAGCUGGAGAAGCGCCAUUCUCUGGAAUACAGCCUCCGAAUCCAGAAGGUGGAUGUCUAUGAUGAAGGUUCCUACACAUGCUCAGUUCAGACACAGCAUGAGCCCAAGACCUCCCAAGUUUACUUGAUCGUGCAAGUUCCACCAAAGAUCUCCAACAUCUCCUCGGACGUCACUGUGAAUGAGGGCAGCAAUGUGACUCUGGUCUGCAUGGCCAAUGGCCGCCCUGAACCUGUUAUCACCUGGAGACACCUCACACCAACUGGAAGAGAAUUUGAAGGAGAAGAAGAAUAUCUGGAGAUCCUUGGCAUCACCAGGGAGCAGUCAGGCAAAUAUGAGUGCAAAGCUGCCAACGAAGUCUCCUCAGCGGAUGUCAAGCAAGUCAAGGUCACUGUGAACUAUCCUCCCACCAUCACAGAGUCCAAGAGCAACGAGGCCACCACAGGGCGACAAGCUUCACUCAAGUGCGAGGCUUCGGCGGUGCCUGCACCUGACUUUGAGUGGUACCGGGAUGACACCAGGAUAAACAGUGCCAAUGGCCUUGAGAUUAAGAGCACGGAGGGGCAGUCCUCCCUGACGGUGACCAACGUCACUGAGGAGCAUUAUGGCAACUACACCUGCGUGGCUGCCAACAAGCUGGGGGUCACCAAUGCCAGCCUAGUCCUUUUCAGACCUGGGUCGGUGAGAGGAAUAAACGGAUCCAUCAGUCUGGCUGUACCACUGUGGCUGCUGGCGGCAUCGCUGCUCUGCCUUCUCAGCAAAUGUUAAUAGAAUAAAAAUUUAAGAAUAAUUAAACACACACACACACAAAAAUGUCACACAGGAUACAGAGAGAGAGAGAGAAAGAAAGAGAGAAAGAGAGUGUGUGCCAGAUGGGGGGAGACCAUUUAUUUCACAAUUUUGUGUGUUUAUAAAUGAGGGGAAAUAAUGCAAAUGAAGAAACAGAGACAACAUUUUAAACGAUUUUAAAGUCCAUCAAUAAAAUAUAUGUAUAAUUCAGAGUGGGGAAAAAAAUUCUACUAGGAUGUGUGUGUAUCUACUAAGCAAAUGAAGGCUAGUGUAAAGACACCAUCAUGCUAAAGACAUCCAAUGUUGUAAAAAAAAAAACAAAACAAACAAAACAAAACCAACAACAAGAAGUACCAGUUGGAAAUUAAGCAAAUCCCCACACACUUUAUCCUUCCUUCCUUCAUCUUU